ACCAGUGUGGGUGCAUCCCAUUCUCUACAGUAGGCCUACACGAUGAGAUAAAAUACGACUGAACCCAAGGAUUUUGGGACUUAAGAAAAAGUGGUGUCAUACAGGGGCUAGAGAGAGGGGUUUUGUUGUUGUUUGAGCUUGGUCACAAACUAUCGAUGGAUUUUUUUUUUUUGCUGGAGGAUUUGGCAAAUACUGUACAUAGUUCUAUAGGCUACCAGCAACAUAACGGUUUUACGCGCAAUGUUGAUUCUCAUGCUUGGAAAGUUAUGACUGAGGAGUCUGCGGAGUUGGACAGUUGAAUGAAUUGACAAGCAAUCUAUAUCGGGAGUCCACGGUGUCGCUUGUCGAUGUGAAAUAAACUGUGACCGUAGAAUACCCUAACAGGUGGCUCUCCGACGAUAUGCGCGUCAGGCUAACAACAGCGUGCACACUCGCCAUAAUCUUCGGCUGACAAAGCUUUUUCCAAUAUUACAGUCCGUUCAUUACUAUUCAGCAGCACUACUCUGCAAUUUCCAACGGGCCCCAACGUCGUUUUGAUGCGAAGCGGGAAUAUUGGUUUCUGCGUUUACUCGGGAAUAAAAUUGAGCCUGGGAAUGUUUUCAAGCUGUGCGCUCACGUGGACCAACUAGGAGUGAUUUAUCGAUGAUCAUUUGAAUUCACCCGGGUUAUAAAGCAAUGUUUCCAGAAAUUCAUAUCAAGACAGGGAGGCCCGACGCCUACUCCCAGCAACACAAACUCCAGCCUGAAUGCACACGCCUUGGGUCCAGCCGGGCCUACCAGCAGCAGCAGAACUGUGGCUCGGGCAAAGGCACUCUGCCUAAGCUGGAUGCUAAGCCCUUGGUUGUAAACAAUGCCAAGUACCAUCACCAGUCCGAAAGCAUCCUGCCCCACAUCACCAGCAAGGGGCUGCAAAACACAUGUGAUAGGCAGCUUUCAGGAACCAGGCACCAGGAAAGCUUCCAGGAUGAGAGAUUACAGAGCUCCACAGUGGAGAGUCUGCCAGAGUCCAUCAACAGGAAGAACAAUCAGGAGCAGGAGAGGAAUAUUGAGGGACACAAUCUGCCCAUGUCUCCUGCAGAGGUCCUGAAGGCGUUCAAAGAUCGUCUGACGGAGCAUGAGCAGGAGGAGGUCAUGGACUACUCCGAGGUCUGGUACCUGGGCCUGGAUGCCAAGAAGAUGGAGGGUUCCCCCAGCCUGCCACAUAACUCUGGCUACGACGAUGAGAGCGGAGGCUAUCUGAAGGUCGCGCAUGACCACAUAGGCUUCCGGUUUGAGGUGCUGGAGGUGAUCGGAAAAGGAUCCUUCGGACAGGUCCUGAAGUGCCUGGAUCACAAGACCACUGAACUUGUCGCCAUCAAGGUCAUUCGCAACAAGAAAAGGUUCCACCACCAGGCUAUGGUAGAGUUGAAGAUCCUGGAUGCGUUGAGAAGGAAGGACAGAGACAACCAACACAACGUCAUUCACAUGAAGGAGCACUUCUACUUCCGGAACCAUCUCUGCAUCUCCUUCGAGCUCCUGGGAGUGAACCUGUACGAACUCAUCAAGAAGAACAACUUCCAGGGCUUCAGCCAGAUCCUGGUGCGCCGCUUUGCCUACUCCCUCCUCAAGUGCCUGCAGAUGCUGCACAAAGAGAAGAUCAUCCACUGUGACCUAAAACCGGAAAACAUUCUUCUGUCACACAAAGGCCAAGGCAACAUCAAGGUCAUUGACUUUGGCUCCAGCUGCUACGAGCAGCAGAGAGUUUACACCUACAUCCAGAGCCGCUUCUACCGUUCCCCAGAGGUGCUCCUGGGCCAUUCCUACAGCAUGGCCAUCGACAUGUGGAGCUUUGGCUGCAUCCUGGCUGAGCUCCACACUGGCUUCCCCCUCUUUCCUGGGGAGAGUGAGGUGGAGCAGAUUGCCUGCAUCAUGGAGGUACUGGGAAUGCCUCCAACUGAUUUCUUGUCAACAGCAACCAGGAAAAGGCAAUUUUUUGAUUCCAAGGGCAACCCCAGGAACAUCACCAACAGCAAGGGGAGAAAGAGACGGCUCAACUCCAAGGAUCUGUCCAGUGCCCUGAAGACCAACGAUCCUCUCUUUCUGGAUUUCAUCAAACGCUGUCUCACGUGGGACCCUAAGAAGCGCAUGACGCCCGACGAGGCCAUGCAGCAUGAGUGGAUCCAGGAGGCACGCUCCAGCAAGUUUCGGCCCAAGACCCGCACUGUGAGAAGGCCCAACGAGAGCCUCGGCAACGUGGAGAACAACAACAAGAUAGCGCAGCAUAUUUCCCACAAACCAGCCCUUAUCAACAGGAUAGUUGACAAGGCAUUCUCAAGCCCGUUCUCCAGCGCCACAGACAGGCCCAAGAGACAGAACUCUGUGAAGCUGGCGUCCGCCGAGCGCUUGCGACCAAUCGGGGCUUCGGCUGAGGGCCAGAUGGGCGAGGGCAGGACCAAGAGCACCAGGGCUGUUAGCAGCAGCAAGCAGGAGGUACCCAGGGAGAGAUCAGUCCACAUUGUCAUCAGGCCCCCGCUGGAGCACACUGCAGACAGUGACAGUCUGGAGCACCAGCAGGGCCUGUCCCCCAUCACAUAAAGGCCCCAGGGACAGAGGGCUUGGGGCUGGGAGGGGGUUGAAGGGAGGGGGGAUGCAUAGGUCACAUCAGGGUUAAUAUCAUCAGAGGUUAAACAUAAGACACAUAUUAAUAACAUUAAAUGGGGGUCAUGGUUGGGGUAUAUCCUGUUUUGUAGAUGUAGUGGGUUAUCAAUUUGUUAUAUUUGUGCUGCACUAUCGAAUUUAUUUCCUUGUCCAAUCACAUGUUUAGUGCUUGGACUCUGUCUAGCUGCAGGAGACGUCUUUGGAACACAGUCUUUGGUGGGUAUUUUGGUAAUGAGCUGUGUAUCAGCAACUGUUGGUCUUCUCUGUUAUUGCAGUAGUCACAAAUGGACUUACUGCAUCUAGAAUGUGGCCACAUUCACUUGUCAUAAGCUUGGAAAGUAGCACAGGUCACUUGCAUUAGUUUAAAAUGGGAUCACUUAGCUUAGAACCCAGAUCAAUGCCCAGAUUGGCCUGUUUUCCACUCUCGGUCUAGCCAGGUUAGGCCGAGCCACAUUUAAUGUAAUUUUGCCAGAGGUUUAAAGCUCUUUGAGUAGGCUAAUUCCCUGCACGUUUUCUACUGGCAUUGACGUUUUGGCUUUGACAACACAGACGUCUGACCCAAAAUAUACACAGGUUAAGCCCUGCCCCCUGUUUGCACUGAAAUACGCAUGGCAAGCCCAAGGAGUUGCCCGUGCCAUGGAUGCAAUGUUUAAAGCUCUUAGCAGCACAAAGCAUCUCCCAUGCAGAGAUGAUGGUGAUAGGGGAAAAACAUAAAGCACUAAUGUGCACAAACUCCCCUAGAGAUUACUCAGAGUUGACCAUGUUUAUGGAGUUUGACUUUGACUCAAUCAUUUGUGGCUGUUGAUCAUAGUAUGUUUCAUUACUAGUUUAUUAUGAUAAUUAUUAAAAACCUAGGUGUUACUGAAUAAAAUUACAAUCACUUAUAAGUCAGAAAAAAUGCUGUCCACCUGACAACAACUUUUACCUCUAAAACAGGGCUCUCAAGUUGUCAAUGAAGAUGAAUGUUAUUUUCCUGACCUGAAAUGUCUAGCUUGGACUGGUAUUGGAUGGUUUGAUAUUCUUCAUACGUCAUUGUCAUAUACAAAGUUUUCCAGUGUCUGCAAAACAGGAAUAUUCUGACCAGUGAUCCUCACCACUUGUUAUUCAAAUGUGCCUUCCAGCAUCCAAAGUGACUUCCCUCUGACCCACAAUGCAUCAUCUGUUUUUUACUCCUCCUCACACAAACUUCAUUUUAAAAAGCUCUUAAUUUCUCAUCAAAGCAGUUCCAUCUAUUUUGAUUAACUUCUCUUACCUCGACAAAAGGACAAUUUGCUACAAUGUUGAGCUUUCUUCAAUAAAACUUGGGCCAAAUGAAGGAGUAGAUUUUUUUUUGUUCUCUCUAAACUUCUUUAAGGCAACUUGUACUGAUGCUUUUUACUUGCUCCAGUUAUAGAAAGUAAUUUUAAAACAGUGUUUAUAUUUGUAACAUGAUCAGAAAUGGAAUAGACUUCCUUUUUAACAGUACAUAAUUGAAUGUACAUUUUACAAUUGUGUUAAGAUUAAAUUAUUGGUUUAAGGUGUGACAUGUAUAUGAAAUAUUUGUGGUAAUAUAUCUCAAGCACUGUAUGUGUACAUAAAGAGGUCACAUUGGCAAUGGCUCGAUGAAAUAUAUUUUUUACCAUGUUUCAAUUGUAAUUUUAAUGAAUUUCUUGUUUAUUCUUCUGUGCUCACUGAGCAUUGUUAUUUAAGAGAGCCCCACAGACUGGUGCCCAUAAUGAUGAUAUUGUGUGAUGUACUGAAUUACUGUUUUGCUUUCUCUAAGUCUGUAUAAUAGCAUGCCAGGACAUUGUUGAUUUUAUUGUACUGCACUAAAACAAAAAGAAAGUGUGUGCAUUCAUUUCAACCAAAUUAUUUCACAAUCAACCAUUGUGGUCUAUUUGGAAGUAAUUGAAUUGAGGGCAUUCCACCUGAUGAACUGUACAUUGAUGUGAAAAAAUGAAUGAAUGUGUCAUUGAAAGAACAUAUAAUUGAAUAAAUUGGUGUUUUAUA